GCCCGCUACAUUCAGCAAUUUGGAUCUGGCAACCCUGCCCCGGGCCACCACAACAUCAACAAUCCUCGCGCCUCCCAAUUCAAAACCUUCCCAGGAACCAUAUCCUCGGGUUUAUUUUUUAAUUGUUGAGUGAUAUCAAGCACUGAUUUAGUACAAUCAUGAAUGAUGGUAUGGAAAUUCCAAAGGAGUUGCAGGAUGCACUGCACCGUGUUGUAGCCAUGGAAAAAAUGGAGCUUUCUCCAUUGCUAGAUUACAUAAUGAAGCUGAAGAACCAUGAAGUUGAAGUAAGAGCUGCAAAGAUAUAUGCAACUAAAGAAAUACUUGCUGCUGAAAGCGGUCAAGACACGAUGGCAGCUCCAUCGAUAGAAGAGAAGAAUCAGCUCACUGCAGAGAUUGAUGAUCUACACAGUGCUUUGGUAACUCACAAAUUAGUCGGGGAUACUUUGCAGGAAGCAGUAUUUAAAAUUCAGAUGCAGGAAGCAGUCAACAAAAGCCUAAGAACCAUAGAUACAGAGAAUCUUUUGGAUGAUUUUCCAGAGAAGGGAGUUCUGCUCUCGCACUGCAGUCAAAAUCUUGACACCUGCAAAACUUUGCAAGCUGUUGUUCAGGAGAAGGAAGAGCUUGAUCGAGAGAUCUUGGACAUUGAUUUAAAGUAUAAGCAACUCCUAAAAGACAUCAAAAAGAAAUGGAGCACGUAUAUAGAUGGUAUGGCCCCAGUAGAAACUGAGAGUGAGCAGUUAACAGAGCUUCGUAGGAAAGCUCGGGAACGAGAAGCAAAAUUGAGAAUACUAUCCACCAUGCUACAGGGUUUAAUCAGUACAAGUGGAUUACAGUGGGGUAGUGAUGACUAUUUAGUAGAGGUUUUGCAUCUGUGUGAUAUUGCAAACAAGCAUUGUGAUCAUGCUGAGGAGACCGCUGUAAUCAACUCAAUUUCAGAACUUCGUGAACAGAGAGAAAGUGGAACAAGCCAGAAGGGAAAAAGUAUUCAGAAAUACUUUACAAGUACCCCAUCACAACGAAAGAAAUCUGUUUGAAUAUGGUAAUGAUAUAUGUAAAAAGGAUAAUAGGAGCAUAAUUCUGUUCUAAACACUACAUGUUACUAUUUUCAGAUUAUCAUUAGUAGCUGAAGAUAUGUUUUGAUAUUUUGUUUUCUGCACUCAGUUUUACGUGUGUCUUGACAAUAAAUUUUAUUUUAAUACA